AUGGCCGAGGACCUCGGAAUCAGAUCGGACCCUAGGGACUCGUCUUGGAGUGGUCCCGCGGCCCUGGCGAUCGAUCCGAUGGCCUGGGACUUUAGCCUGGACUUCAGCAAGCCCCGCAAGGGCCCAGCCACCCCGGCCUUCAGCGGCGACUGGCGCGGCGGCGGCGCGCUGCACCAGGCGCCGCAGCUGGCGCCGAGGCGCGCGGCGCCGGCGAGGAAGGCGGUGGUGGAGAACGAGUCGGAUGAGGAGGCCCCAGACACGGACAAGCCACAGGUUCGCCUGGUGUGGGAUGCUGCCAAGGGGCAGCUAGUGCCGGCCAAGGAAGGCGAGGAGGAGUCAAAAGCGGAAGCCGAGACGAAGGAAGAAGAGGCAGAGGCGGAAGGGGAGAGUGAAGAGGAAGAGGAGGCAGCCGGCGAUGAGGACGUGGAUGUAGAGGCGGAGAGUCGGACCGCCUUCCUCUCGGAGGCCUCCACGCCGGAGCUCAUCAAGCAAGCCGUGGCGGUGGGGGGUCCUCUAGCGGACUCCACGAAGGACAAGUGGGUGUUGGACAAGGCGACCCAGCUGUACUUCAAGUACGACACGCCGAGUCAGAAGAUGUACUGCUGGAACUCCUCGCAAGGGUGCAUGUACCACUGGAAGGAGCGGGGCAAGAUGUCCUACCUCUGGGCCGGAGCAUCGGGCGCGGACUCGGCGCCCCCCACUGGGCCUCCCCAAGUGCCGCCCACACCCAAGGCUGCGAGUGCUGGGGAAGCGCCGGCUUUGGCGACCGAGAGUAGCGACGCGCUUUGGGUCACGGUGAUCCCUCCGCAGGUCCUCUCUGCAGACUUUGAGGAUGCCAAUGCGGAGGUUGAGGAGGAGCUGGAGCUGAACGCCAAGGCCAUUGGUGCGGUCAUCGGCAAGGGCGGCAAAGGCAUCAAGGAGAUCGAGCAAGCCACUGGCAUCAAAACCACGACUCUGAACGCAAGGGAGGCGGAGGGCAACGUGCGGCGGCUGGUGCUGAAAGGCAGCCGCGGGCAGAUCGCGGCGGCCAAGAGCGCGGUGGAGCAGCGGGUGACGCUGGUGCUGGGCCCCAAGAUGGCCGAGAAGGUGCAGAAGCACUGGAACGCCCAGCUGCUGGAGAGGAAGCGCACGGAGAGCGGCUCCGAGGCCGCGAAGGGCGGGGUGCGGGGCCUCAGCGACUUCGCGCUGAAGCACAACCUGAAGGCGGUCAUGGCCCGCAAGCUCUCGCGCCUCGAUGCCCAGCUGCAGCGCUACAUGCUGCGCCACUUCCAGCCUCUGAAGGCGAAGCCGGUGAACGCCCUCAAAGGCUACAUGGCGCAGCUCUUUAAGUUUCCUCAGCGCUGGCGACUGGAGGCGCUCUACGAAGACGGCGAGCUGGAUGGAGAGAUUUGCGAGACCAUCCCUUUACGCACGAGCGCGGUGAUCGGGAAGCAGCAGCCAGAGGAGGCGACGGAGGAGCAGGUCAUUGAGCUGGAGGUGAACAUGGCACUAGGCCAGAAAGAAGCCUCCAAGGUCUACGGCGAUGUCAAGGAUCAGCACUGCCGGCUGCUGCGCAUGGGCAACGACUUCUACGUCAUGGCCCUGGAGUCUGCGAUCGGCACCUUGGUGGAUGGUCAGAAGAUCCGAGAAACGGAUGGGCCCGUGCCGAUCCGCGAUGGCACCACGCUGACUGUUGGGAAGUACCUCUUCUACUGUGAGGUGGGCAGUGAGACGUCCCUGCAGGACCGCAGGAAGAAGCUGCUCGCGGGAGAGAGGUUUUGGAAGGAGGGCGCCGCAAGCCUGCAGCAGGCCGAAGCUGCCGCCGAGGCGAAGGAAGAGCCAGAGGCGGGGCAACUUCAAGGGAGCCCGGACCUGGGUCAUGGUUGGAGCACCUGUUAA